AUGGGCUCGGACAAGCGAGUAAGUCGCAGCGAGCGCAGUGGGAGGUACGGAUCGGCCUUCGACAGAGACGAGCGCGAUGAGCGAGUGUCCAGGAACCGGCGCAGAGAAUCGAAUGAAUAUAAACGAUACAGAGAUGACCGGGACGAUCGAUACGAUGAUUACAGAGACUACGACAGCCCUGAAAGAGACAGAGACCGCGACCGCGAGAGGAGAAACAGCGACCGCUCUGAAGACGGCUACCAUUCAGACGGUGAAUACAUUGACCACGACUACCGCAAUGAUUAUUACAUGGAUGAAAAGGAGAGCAAGACCAUCAUGCUGAGAGGCCUUCCCAUCAACAUCACUGAGAAUGACAUCCGCGAGGUGGUGGAGACCUUCGAGGGGCCGCAGCCUGCGGACGUGAGGCUGAUGAAGCGUAAGACA